UAUACGCGCCGAAAUCAAGCUAUUUCCAUCGAGUUGGCUGCAACGAAGUCGUGCCAGCGUGCGACAGCGUCUUUGGUACCGGAGAGUGACGGCCGGACAGCCUCGAGCGGCACAGUCGUCGUUUCAUCGUGUCAAAAAACUCGAAAGACUGCGUUUCUUCAGUUUCGUCUUUCCAAAGGGAGUACUACCUAGGUUGUGACCAUGCGGCUUCCGAUGCUGAUGGUGGCCUGUCUUGCCGUGCCGUGCCUUCUACUUGCUCAAAUGGUCAGCUCCGUUCCAAUCCUCGACGACAACAACCGCAUUCAGGCAUUUGGCGUCGGCGACUGGCCAGUCGAUGCUUUUGGCGAUGGGGAAUAUUUGAUAGCGACGGACAAGAGGGAGAAGGCCCGAGGCCAGUACUGUAUGGACUGGAUUCACAACACAUGGAGACGGUGCAGAGGCAGGAACGGCUAAAACGAACAGCUUGACGCUCUUAAAUAAACAGAAAAUCCAGGAGCAGCGUGGGCGACGUACUGAGGCCUUGUUUAAUCAUCGAGUGCCCGUCAAACAAAAUAAUUUGAUUGUGUUUAAACUUCUUUUUUUUCCAAAAAAGGUAACUUUUUUUGCGUGUCUUAUCCUCUUCAGGAGAAAAUGUUCCAUUUGGAUAUCUAAAGUAAUGAGGUCUUUAAAAAACUGAACAAAUAUUGAUUCAAUAACUCUACCAAACUUUGAAAGGUUAGACGAUGCCGUUUAAACAGACUACAAGGGUAUUUCUGCACAUACGAAUUGUGGUCUUCGCCAACCAUUUAGAACACACUAUCGAAUGGCAGUUUUAUAAACAGUGAACAGAAACGAUCAACAAAGUUGAACUUUCGCUGUUAUCCAGUUAAUUCCGUUCAACUUUUUCCAUUCUCGAAGUAAAAACAAAGCGACUGUGGCUUAACCGGGACACGCAAGUGCAAUUUGAAGUAGUUACAAGUCGAGGUUCUUGCUGGCUGUGUUUUUGUUUUCUGUGGUUUGUUUUUCCUUGAUUCGGAGUGGGUAUGAGUGGGUGUGGGCUGGGUCGAACGCAACCCCCCUGCUCUGAGACAAAACCAAUGAGGUAAAAGUGGGAAAGCAAUUGAAAUUAACGAAAGUAAGCACACCGAUUCCACUGUAAACAAUAUAUGCCAUGUAUAUUGUUUCAUCAUCGUCUCCGCUUGUUUGCAAAGAGACAUAAAAAAAAAGAAUAUUCCACCCGAACCCCCCGCCGAAAAUUCCUGGAUCCGCCCCUGCUUUACGUUGUCUGGUUCAAGUAAUCUGAGGCAAACAUUGCCAUAUUCGUAAAGUAUACUGGAACACCUCGAGGACUUGGAAUGUGGAGGGUGAACGCCCGUUUCCGGUUAAUUUGUUGGGACUUUUCUCGACAACCUAUUUUUGAGCGCCAGAAACGAGUCCCUACACAUCGUUUGGUGACAUUAUGCAUAUCAUACAACAAUUGCUGUUCUUCCGUCAGUCCAGUUCAUCUUUUAGAACUUGUGUGACGAAAAGUUGGACCAGAAGUUUACUGUUCGUAUAUUAUAAUACCGUAAAAAAUGUCUUUUUUGAAAACUGCAGAAACAAGGUGAACGGAAUUGAUCAAAAUUGUGUUACUAAACUUUACUGCGCUUUUGUGGAGUUAAAUUGAUUAUUAAAACUUGCAUCUGAAACUGAAAAAGGUAUCCCUCUC